GCCCAUCGUUCGAGAUUGCUUCGUUUUUCUGCCUCUCGACAUCGGUUGAGGACUGGAUUAUGCCCCCUCGGCUGAGCCUGCGCCCUCUUGGGCACCGCCGUCCUCUCUUUCUCAAGGCGCAAAGUUCUGAGUGCAAUUCUGUUUGUUUCUUCUGCUCGCUUUCUGUUCAAUUUAAUGCGGAAUCUCGCCGGCGUCCGAGGCGCAGGUCGCAAAAUCCCCGCCGCCUCCUGUCUUCCGCCUCAGCCGCUGCCUCUCUAACGGCUUCCGCCGAUCCCGUAGUCGUUGCAGACCCCAGAAGGGAGCUGGAGAGCGUGCUGCUCGAGCUGCAGAAGCACGCCGCUAACUACGUUAACCUCUCCCGCUUGCAGCUGGCCCUCAACAGUCUGCGCCAACCGCCCGGUCACGAAUCCAUACGAGUCGCCGUCCUGGGCCUCAGCGAUGGCCCGGAAUCGGGCCGCACCGCGAAGCAAGUGCUGAAGCUUCUGCUCGCAGACCCAUUAAAGGCCGAGGAGGACUGGGAGAAGGAGAUUGAAGGCUACGACUUAACCCGGCCCGUCAUCGUACGCGUCGGACCAGACCUGCCCCAAGAGCUUGGAUCGGUGUCCAUCCUGAAGGAGAGCCCAUUGCGCGAGGUCAACGUCUCGUCGGCGACUCUGAAUGAGCAUAACCUCGAGUUGCUGCUUGCGGAGAUAGAUCCUCCCGUGCCUGUACGAGGGUCUACAACUCUGUCGCGACUCGAGGAUUCGGUGUUGGUCCCUACCGUCGAAAUCCCCACGUCGAGUACGGGGAGGCACACCCCCAUCACCACCCCGGUACACAAGGCCCUGGUUGUGGCUGAGGGUAUCUUGGGCGCAGCAUCGGUAGUGCCGGCGACCGCGCUGGAAAGCAGAAAUGUGGUGGCAGCAGCGGUAAACUUGCCAGACUAUAAACCCACUGAUGCUACCCCCUUGCCUUUUACUCCUAUAGAUAUCGGAACCGCGAACGUCGGGCUGGGGCUCGUUCGCAAUAAUCUCGGCGAUGCUAUCAAAUUCGAACACCUCUGGUUUCAAAGUAAUCUCCCGCAACUGGUUGAAUGGCUGAAGGCCGACACGGUGACGUCUCCGGAUAAUACGACCAAACUGCCCGUCAGGGCGCUCAUUGGCUCGCUUCUUAGGAACGCAUCCGCGGCGAUACGCGACGAGGCGGCCCGUCGGGCUGGCUCAUCGUUAUCCGCGACGUCGUCCGCGUCCCUGAAGACUCUCCAGGCGAGCCUUGAUGAUUGGGCCGAGGGCGCGCACACCGAGUUGCAAGAACAGCUCGACCUAGCAUUCUCCAGCAAGCGAUGGCGCACGCUAAGUUGGUGGAAAUUGUUCUGGCGUGUGGACGAUGUGGGGAUGAUCACCAACGACAUCCUCAGCCAACGAUUCCUGCCGGCGUCGGAGAGGAGCGCCAUAUUUCUGGCCGGACGAAUGAGAGAAUCCGGCGUCGCGAUAGGGCCUUUCCCCAACCCAUCGGAUUCCGAAGGCCCAUCACGACCUUCGAGUGGCCAGGAUAGCGCAUCUACGCUUUCCGAUGCCAAAUCGGCUCCAUCGCCGCCAGCGGUGCCCUGGCCGGUGAACAUCCCCGCUACACGGCGCUACCUCCAAACAGAAACGAUCCCCGCCCUGCAGGCGCUGGCGCAGAAGCUCGUGAUGCAGAAUCUGAGCACCUCGGGUCUCACCACCGCGCUUGGCGUGCUCGUCUACUGCGGCACCCUGACCACGACGCUGUACGAGGCCGGCGCGGUAGCGGCGCUGGGCAUCGUGUGGAGCAUGAGACGCAUGCAGGAGCGGUGGGAGGCGGCCCGCGGAUUCUGGGAGGACGAGGUUAGGGAGGAGGGCCGCAAGGCCGUCCGGGGCGUCGAGGGUGUCGUCGGCCAAGCCCUGUCGUCGUCGUCGUCGCCGGGUCGGGCGACGGACAGGGUGGACGACGGGGGCGAGGGUCGGGUCGAGCUGGACAGGGCCAAGGGCCUGGUGGAGAGGGCCCAGGAGAUUCUCGGCCGGCUCAAGUGAGGCGUCGUCGGCUUCCUCCGUUCCCCCCCCUCUCCCCUCUCCCCUCUCCCCCUCUGUAGAACUAUCGACACCUGUGCAUAGCAUACUGGCAUUGGCCGGGAGAAUCUGAUGAUACCAAGACGGCAUGAACAUUGACACUCUAUACUGCUACCGUUGCGGGCUUGGCCUGCCUACCUGCCUGCCUACCUGCCUGCUCGCCCGCCCGCCCGUGUAGUCCCCCCGGAAUACCCAAUGCAGCGCCACCGCGUGACGCCGUGAGCUUGUGACCUCGCCCCCCAUCUUCCCCCAUUCCUUCAUUCUGCGACCCCUCUCUGCCUCUGUAUGCGUCUCGAGGUAACACGCGGUUUGGGAAGACCGCCGGCGAGAAAGGGGGGGGGGAGAGGGGGGGUUGGCGGGGGGUUCCUGUCCUUCCCCCCCCCAUUCGCCGAUCCGAUUGAAGCCAACGUCCGACCUUCCUCCCGAAGUGUGCGAUUCCCGUCUGGUGGUGCACGACAUUUGACAUGGCAUUUCGAGAACUGCUUGCUUGCUUGCUUGCUUGCUUGCUGCUGCUGCUACUACCUGCCUGCCUGCCUCCACCACUGCACCGCUGCCACGACGGCCAC